CGACUGUACGGUGACGCGCGAUACGAGCGGCUGCGCGCGGCGCACGUCCUCGUCGUCGGACUGGGCGGCGUCGGGAGCUGGGCGGUGGAGGCGCUCGCGCGCACGGGCGUGGGACGGUUGACGCUGAUCGAUUUGGACGCGGUGUGCGAGACGAACGUGAAUCGACAAGCGGAGGCGACGGUCGAGACGAUCGGGGCGUUCAAGGCGGACGCGAUGAUGGAUAGAGUGCGAGCGAUAAAUCCCGAUUGCGACGUGCGCGUCGUGAGAGAUUUUGUGCAGCGAGAGAACGUGGAGGAAAUCUUGGGAGGGGCGGCGAGAGAGGUCGGCGGCGGCGUCGAUUACGUGCUCGAUGCGAUCGACAAGGAGAAGGAUAAAGCAGCCAUCAUCGCGUAUUGCGUGUCGGAGAGGAUACGGAUAUGCUCCACGGGUGGUGCGGGUGGAGUGGAUUCGUUGAGUGAGCUGCGCGCGGAGGACUUGGCGAACGUGACGUUUAAUCGGUUGUUGAGCUCGACGCGAAAGACGUUGCGAAAGCGGUACGCGUUUCCCAAG